GUCAAUGCAGUCAGACAGACGGAGAAAACUUGUGACCGGUGAGGCAGCAGAAGCUCGGUGGUCUGGGAGAUAAAAACUGGACUGAAGCUGUUCCACACUUUCUUUCAAUCUCUUCAGCUCCGUUUGGCAACAUGGACUGCGGGAUCGCCACAUCUAAGAUCAUCCUCCUUUUCCUCAGCUUGAUAUUUUGGGCAGCUGGAGCAGCAUUGGCCUAUGUUGGUGCCUAUAUGAUCCAGAGCUAUGGCACCUUUGAAAGUUUCAUUCAGGACAAGCAUACGUUGAUCCCAGCAGCUAUCAUCAUCGGCAUCAGCGUGGUGAUGUUCAUUUUCGGUCUGGUGGGAUGCUGUGCCACACUCCGCGAGUCCAAAUUCGGCCUCAGCUUUUUCUUUCUGAUUAUCAUGGUAAUCUUUGCAGCUGAAGUGGCUGCUUUGGUAUUUACUUUCAUCUACCAAGGCAAGAUAAAUACAAGCCUGAAUCGCUCUAUGAAUGACGUCUUCUCAAAGUAUGACGGACAGGAUGCUGAGACCACAGCUGUAGACUUGCUGCAGACUCGGUUGCAGUGUUGUGGCAUCUCCAAUUACACCAGCUGGACCAACACUACCUGGUUCAGAACCCACAACAACACAGUGCCACCAUCCUGCUGUAAAAAUGAAACUUCACAGUGCACUGGCCGUCUGGAUCAGCUGAACCUGCUUAACUUAGAAGGUUGUGAGGCCAAACUGGAGCACCUCCUACAGGAUGUGUUGACUUAUGGCAUGCUGGUUGUUCUUGGUUUUGCCAUCAUCAAGUUCUUUGGGAUGCUGAGCGUAUGUGUGAUAACCUGUAAAUCUGGCAGCCGGAGGAGCGGCUACCAGCCUCUUUACGCCUGAAACCCCUCCACCAGACCUCCUCCUCCUCAUACUGGGAUCUUCUGAUGGAAGGUAACCUGAGGAGGCCACAUAUACCGUGCUGCUGCUCACUUUAUGCUGAAGAGAGAUGAACAACAGGGCAGGAUGGUGGAGAGCAUGCUUUCUCAGAGAAUUCCUUCAUAACAUGCACAAGUAUAUUAAGUGCCUCCUCUAUUUGUUUCAUAACUGCUGGUUUUGUUGCUUAUCUGCCAGCUUGACAUCAAACCAGUCACCAUGAGCCUUCCUCAGCAGAGGAGUAUAGGAAUGUUUGCUUUUUUUUUUAGGUGUGAAAAGGAAGUCAGGGUGCUUUUAAAAAGACAGUGUCAAGAUUUAUUUGUAUUAAAUCAUCUUAACCUUUUUAGGCACACAGCAAAGUAAUGAUCAUACAUUGUCAAGACUGGAAGUAGAUGCCACUGAUAAUAUACAGUGAGAACUCCUGAAAAUAGCCACCCACAGCUGAAACUGUGAUGUCUCCAUAUGUCAGAUACUAUCAGUGGUAAUUAGAAAGGACAGCCAGAAAACGGAACCAUAAAUACAGCACAGACACUAAAAGACUCAAAUGGACCACAUGAGCAGCAGGAGUACCACAGCAUUAUCCAAUUAUCUAUAACAGACCACGCUUGAUCUCCAAACAAGAGAUGUCCAUGCCUCAUUUUGUGCUUUUUUCUCUCAGUUAUUAUUAUUUUAUUUUUAUUUUUUUGCAUCAUUUAUCUAUAUACCUAAAGUUGCCAUCUUGAUCUUUUUGGCUAAACUCCAAUGUCAGCCUGUUUUUGUGUUUUUUUGUUUUGUUUUUUUUCCCCCCACAUAUCUGUCUAUUAUUGCUUUCAAUUACUCAAUUUUUCUAAAAAAAAAAAAAAAAACUAGAGGCUAAACAAAUAUUGCAUCUAACUUUCACCUCUGAUAAAUUACAAUUUGAAUUUCUUCUUUAUUGUUGUAAAUGAAAGGAGACUGUGCUGAUGCGGUUAAAUAAAAAUAAACACAAGAGACUAGAAAAUGUGGUUUCAAGCCUUUUUGAGUACAAAGAACCAUUGAAGAGCACCACUGUUAUUGUCUGGGGAGCUUAUCAAAACUCUGAAAAAGCUAUUCUUUUUUUUUAACUAUGAAUCAGCAAAUAAACAUUGAAUCAAUAAAUGAUACAUUUUCCAAAAAUACUAAAAGAAAAACAACUUAUAUCAUCUUGCAUUAUCAACUGAUUUUUGUUAUGUUUUCAGGGGGUUUUCUUGCUGCAGAACAACAUCUGUGUCAGGACUCACUGCAACAAAAAGCUAUUGGAAAUUUUAACAUUACAUUCCAUUAGUAAUCCGAUCUUGUGUUAUCCUGCCAACACACAACACCUGGGGAAGAUAUACACCUGGAAAAUGGGGAUUUAAAAGACUCUUUUGAUCUGGGAAGCCUCACUUUGAGCAGAGCAUUCAGGUGAUACAGUUGUUGUUUGCAAAAAGGCUGAACAUUUCUCUGACUCACUUAUUUCUGCUCCAGCGCCAGUUCUCUGAUUUCAAACCUCCCCUCUGUCAUCAACAAAGAAACCACUGACCCAUCACAUGCAGGCAUGCAUUUAUCAAAUUAUUCAUCAAGUUAGAGUGGCACACAGUAAGCAAAAAAGGUGUCCUAUUAAUCAAUAUCAUAAAAAUUAAGGUUAUGAUCACAAAGACCUAAUGAUCCUCUGUUUCUAAUCACAAUAUUUCAUCUUCCAAUUAGAUUUUUAUAACUUCUUUAACUCUAGAAUUUGGGUUGCAACUGAUCUCCUUUAGUUUAGAUAUCACAUACUGUCCUUACUUUAAGUUAUAAAAUUGUUGUAUCAGAAACAUCUAGAGGCCUCUUCUCUGUAAUUUCUCUUGUAAUUCAACCAUGUUGUAUACAACCAGCCUGAAUUAUAAAGUGUCACCUUUCAUUAAAGACUCAAAUUGUUUUACUCACCACUGCUUUCUUUAUGAUUUGCUUGGUAGGAUGUCAAUAACUGCUUGCAGACAAAGGCAAUGGCGUUUUUUUUUUUUUUGUCUAUAAAGUGAAACUGUUGUCACUAUUUAUCACCUACAUCCCUACAAGUGCUUCCUUGUAAAUGUGGUUUUGUUAGAUCUGGAGAAAACAAUCAUCAUUUUGUAAAAAAAAAUCUUACACCGGGAACAUUUGGCUAGUGUUAAAUUUAAGGACAUAAUAAAGCCUGUUGAUCAAUG